AUGAUUGCAACUAUCUAUCUUUUUAUAUCUAUCACGCUGUACAUAUCUUUUUCGCUACCUAUCUUAGUCUUUUCAUAUAUCAUCUAUCUAUCUAUCUAUCUAUCUAUCUAUCUAUCUAUCUAUCUAUCUAUCUAUAUGUCUGUCUGCCUCUCUCUGUGUCUCAGUCAUUUAUCUAUCUGUCUAUUGCAGUCAUUUAUCAAUCUCUCCGUUGCAGUCAAUUAUCUAUCCAUCUAUCUAUCGUUUGUCCAAAUCUAUCUAUCUAUCUAUCUAUCUAUCUAUCUAUCUAUCUAUCUUACUCAUUUAUCUAUCUCUCUACUGCAAUCAAUUAUCUAUCUAUCUCUCUAUUGCAAUCAAUUAUCUAUCUAUCUAUCUAUCUAUAUCUAUCUAUCUAUCUAUCUAUAUAUAUAUCUUCAAUUAUCUAUCUAUCCAUCGUUUGUCCAAAUCUAUCUAUCUAUCUAUCUAUCUAUCUAUCUAUCUAUCUAUCUAUCUAUCUAUCUAUCUAUCUAUCUGUCUUACUCAUCUAUCUAUCUAUCUAUCUAUCUAUCUAUCUAUCUAUCUAUCUUAAUCAUUUAUCUAUCUCUCUAUUGCAAUCAAUUAUCUAUCUAUCUAUCUAUCUAUCUUAUCAAUUUAUCUAAAAAUAAAUCUUUUGCAAUCAUUUAUCUAUCUAUCUCUCUAUUGCAAUCAAUUAUCUAUCUAUCUAUCUAUCUAUCUAUCUAUCUAUCUAUCUAUCUAUCUAUCUAUCUGUCUGUCUGUCUACCUCUCUCUGUGUCUCAGUCAUUUAUCUAUCUGUCUAUUGCAGUCAUUUUUCAAUCUCUCCGUUGCAGUCAAUUAUCUAUCUAUCCAUCGUUUGUCCAAAUCUAUCUAUCUAUCUAUCUAUCUAUCUAUCUAUCUAUCUAUCUAUCUAUCACACUGUUAAUCUCUCUCUCUCUAUUUAACUAUCUCUCUCUGUUCAUAGAUAUACAUCGCUAUCUAUCUCAGUCUUUUAAUAUGCAUAUCUAUCUAUUUAUCAAUCACACUAUACAUAUCUAUGUCUAUCUAUCACACUGUUCAUAUCUAUCUAUCUAUCUAUCUUUAAUUCUCUCUGCCUGUUCAUAG